UAAAUAUAAUUGAGGCAUAGGAUAAUUAAAUGGUUUUUCACAUGUCUGCAUUAUGAAUUUACAUAUAUUCUAAUAAUUACAAAGAAAGCACUUACUUGAUUAUAAGGAAGAUCAAUCUGGGUCUUGGAAAGAGAACAAAAGGCUAAAAUCUUAAGAACCAUAUUGACCAAUUACCAUUCAAAUUAUGAAAAGAGUAGUUAAAGGGUAUCCAAUUUCAGUUUCUUCCUUGGGACAUCUCCAAAGUUCUGCCCACACCAGAAUUUUAUCCACGCAAAACUCAUUCUCUACAUCUCUUAAUUGCUAAAAUAAUCAAACCGAAAACACAAAUCACAAUAUUCACUAAUUAUACUAACAACUAUAACAAUAACCUGAGAGUACUAAAAUCCACAAUGAAAAACAACAUUUUUGUGCAAACAGAGAGAGCCUACACAUAUAUAAACAUAUAUAAUCAGAGAAAGGAGAUGAACCUGGUUGGUUAGGAUCUCAGGUUCAAGAUGAUACCCAUGCAUGUCCAUUCAGUCCCUUGGCUAGGGCUAAAUUUUAGUCUGUGAACUGUAUUAAGGAUUCAUUUUGUAGUAGUUUUGUGUUGUUUUGUCUUGGUUAGCUGUCCUAACUAACUGAGUUUGUUAUGUUCAGUUGGCUUAACAGCCUUGCUAUUGUAAUAAAUACUUAUGCUCUGUAUUCUUGGAGAUUCAUUCAAUAAUAUAACAGAUUUUCUUCUCAAUUUCCUUCUUGAGUUUUCUCUGGUUUCUCUUUACUAAUAUGGUAUAAAUGCCUUCGGUGUUCUUGAUUGUUCUUCUUGUUUCCUCUGAUUCUUCAUUCUUCUGAAUCUAUGGCAGUCACUCGAAGUGGAUUUGCUACUGAUGAUUCGACUGAAGCUCAGGAUUUUUCGACCGAUGCCACCCGCCCUACGAUUUCCAAUUCUUCCGCUGGAACUGAUCAACCUGUGAUUUUUGAUCCAAGUCUUCACUCGUACAAAGAUGAAAGUCGCAAUCCUUAUCAUCUUGGCCACGGCGACCAUCCGAGUGCCAAUUUAGUUCCAAAGAUUCUAACUGGGGGAGAAAACUACAGUUCUUGGAGGAGAUCGAUGAUGGUGGCUCUCCUUUCUCGGAACAAGGUUCAGUUUGUGAAUGAGGGGAGCCUGAUGCAGCGCAAGUGACCGGCGGUGUAGCCAUGGCAAGACGAAAGAGAGAGAAGAGGGAGAAAUAAAUCUCAAAACUAAUCUUGUAUUCUAGUUUAGAACAUUAAAAUAAACAAUUUAAUAUAUGAAAAACUACUUAUCGAGCAGAGACGGGGCCGAAAAUGCCUCGUUCGCACGUAAGAAAAUGGUGUCGCUCGUGUGAAGUCCAACCGUCGUCCAAGUGAUUUUUUUUUAUUAUUAUUAUUUAAGAAAACAUAACUAAAAUGUAGAGAAAUUGCUCAAAAUAGUUUUUGGAGGAGUAAUAUUAUAUUGGGUUUAUACUUUUUUGGACCCUUUGUUUUUUCCCAUUACCUGUUUGGACCUUGUGUUUUGACAAAUUACUUUUUGGACCCUAUGUUUUGUAAAAUAGUUAAAAUAGAACCCUAAAUCCGAUUUUGGUCUAUGUUUUUUCAACUAAAAUCACAAAUAAUUUACCAAACUAAUAAUUCAGAACAAAAAUAAAAUCAUUCUGCUUAAAAACUGUGUUGUUAUAUUCAAUUUUUUCUUCAUCAAAAUUGAAUUUAGGGUUCUAUUUUAACUAUUUUACAAAACAUAGGGUCCAAAAAGUAAUUUAUCAAAACACAGGGUCCAAACAGGUAAUGGGAAAAAACACAG